AUGGUCCAAAUCUCUAAAAAACGUGUUCGUAGAAACACAAUUGUUUUAGAUAGUGGCUUAAAUUCGGUUAUAACUGCAUUACCGCCUGGUAAUACAGUAUCAACUACUAGCUCUCAAAAUGGUUUGAGUGCAGAUCUCACUCCUGUGAUACAGGUGAAAGAUGUUCUGUUAGAGAACUCUGAGUUCUGUAAACUAAACCUCCUUUUGAAAGAUAUGCAGAGGCAAGUAAGUGAAAUUCAGAAAAAAUUAGAUCAGUUUGAUAGUAUGUCACUGCCAAUCUCAAAUACCACGGAGAGCCGUUCUGAUAUUGGCCAGGUUAAGUGUUUACUGGAUGUAACUCAAAAUAAGCUUUUGAAUUUAGACCCAAUAGCCUGUCUUUUAGAAAGGCAUCCUAAAAUAUCUCCAGACAACCUAAAUAAAGCUGAAAAUCUGAUUGACUGCUUGGCUACGGAGGUGAUGAAGCGUAUAACCUCUUCUCACCAAGCUAUAGUUUACAACGUCCCAGAUUCUCUGCCCCUGAAAACUGUAAGACACAAAAUCCUGAUUUGUUGCGGCAUGGCUAGUGUUCCAUGUGAAUGCAAACGACUUCGUAAAAAGUCUAACCAGGCUAAUUGCCCAAUCAUUUUUAAAUUCAGUAAUUCCCUUGAUGCUAGUAAGUUUACUAAAUGUCAGGAUCACUUAAGACUGAAUAGCAGUUAUAAGUCUAUAACCGUAGCUCAGGAUAAAACACCGUGUCAGCGCAGAAUAAUGCGUAGUAAUAACCUGGUCACCUCCUCUAGCUUUGAUUUACCAAAUAAGGAUCGUGCACAGCAACAGACACCUAGUGCUGAAACUAGCAUUCAGCAAACUACACAACAACCACACCUGCCAAUGGAACUAGGAACUGAUUUAGAUACCAGUACCCCUGUAAAUAAAGCCUCAUCGAAAGAUGUUAAAAUGACUAGAACUUCUGCAAGUUGUUCUAAGAAAUUUCCCCCCAAACGUAGUAACCUCACCACGAUGAACAAAUUUCGCAGGGUUGAGACUAAUGAUGGGGAAGAAUACUUUGUAUUCAAUAAGCCUGCUGAGAGUAAGAAUGCCAACAAACCAUCACUUGUUACGAAAAACUCCUCUCGAAACAUAAGUACAUCUGGAGGUGUUCCGCAUGCUCCACCUUAUAGAAAGUCAGGCUCCAAGACUCCUAAAGUCUUGCAGCCAAAGCACCUUCCUUCACAAUUCCCUUUAAGUUAUAAAAACAACCCGAAGGUGUAUACCGGUAUGACGAAUAGCAGUUGGAUGGGUAGACCUUUUGAUGCUAUGCCUUUUAACCGUCAACCUAGGCCCAACCUGUACUACCCUUAUAUCCAGGAACACAUGGUAAAUUUUCCAGGUGUCCCGAAUCACUGGUACGACCCAUGGCACCUAGGACCACCUCAUUGCACACCAACCCGAUGUACAGACACCCAGUCCGACCUCCUUUUCAUUCAUAAAUUCUUGCGGUGCUGA